GCUGUGCUAAACAUGGCUGCUCUCAGUAAGUCCAUACCGCAUAGCUGCUAUGAGUUGGGACACACAUGGAGUUCUUCAUGUACGGCUUCCACCCUGCAGGUGACAGCCGGAGCUCUGGAGGUCUCCUUUAAGAUUUAUGCUCCUCUCUACCUGAUUGCAGCCAUUUUAAGGAGAAGGAAAAAGGAUUACUACAAAAAAAGGCUGCUUCCUGAGAUCCUGCAGUCCACAUCUUUCCUGACUGCAAAUGGAGGCCUCUACAUUGCGUUUUUCUGCAUUUUGCGGAGGCUGUUGGGACGCUUCUACUCCUGGUCAGCUGGCUUUGGGGCGGCAUUGCCGGCCUCAUAUAUUGCUAUACUAAUAGAGCGGAAAAGCAGGAGAGGACUUUUAACAAUUUACAUGGCUAACCUGGCAACAGAGACGAUUUUUCGGAUGGCUGUCACCAGGGGUCUUGUUAAGCCUAUGAAACAUGGAGAGGUUCUUCUGUUCUGCUUGACUGCGUCCCUCUACAUGUUUUUCUUCAGAUGUAAAGACGGACUGAAUGGCUUCGCUUUUUCUGCCUUAAAAUUUAUAGUUGGGAAGGAGGAGAUCCCGACACACUCUUGCCUAGCUGAACAUGCGUAUGGCCAGGGUUCAGAAAGAGACGUACAGCCAGCAGAAGAGAGACCAGAGCAAACACCUGCCUCUAGAGGGAGCUGCAUCAGAGCUUUUGCACGUAAACUCCUAGACUCUUUAUGCAAGCAUGGACCCAGGCAUAGAUGUUGCAAACACCAUCAAGACAACUGCAUCUCCUACUGUGUCAAAGGUUUCAUCCGGAUGUUCAGCGUGGGUUACCUCAUUCAGUGCUGUUUGAAGGUUCCCUCAGCGUUCAGACAGGCCUUCACCAAACCCUCGCGUCUGCUCUGGCUGCUCUACAACAAAGAAAACUUCCAGCUAGGAGCUUUCCUGGGCUCUUUUGUCAGUAUAUACAAGGGCACUAGCUGUUUACUGAGAUGGAUGCGCAACCUGGAUGAUGAGCUCCACGCGCUUAUAGCAGGUUUUCUGGCUGGAACGUCAAUGUUCUUCUAUAAGAGCACCACCAUCUCUAUGUACCUUUUCUCCAAACUAGUGGAGACAUUGUAUUUUAAAGGGAUCGAGGCAGGCAGGUUUCCAUACUUCCCUGAGGCGGACACAGUAAUCUAUGCCAUCUCCACUGCCAUCUGUUUUCAAGCGGCUGUUAUGGAAGUGCAAAAUCUGAGACCAUCGUACUGGAAGUUUCUACUGCGUUUGACAAAGGGCAGGUUUGCCCUGAUGAACAGGAAAGUGCUUGAUGUUUUCGGGACCGAGGCCUCCAAAAACUUUGGUAACUUCACACCUAAACUGGACCCCAGAUUUGUGCUGUGUCCCGUCGACAUGGACGUGCAGCUGGGCUGACGGACAUGCGUGUGUGGAUCCGGGAGAUUGAGUCUUCCCAUCGACCAACAAUGACAAAGGCAUGGAAAGCUCUUGCACACAAUCUCUCUCUCACAUUCUCUCCUUCUGCACCAUCAUUAAAUGUGAAGUCACAGUGUGAAGGCAGUUUUAUGUUUACGUUGAUGUGGAUCUGAAAACAUUUUGCAAUGUAAUUACCGCUGGCAAGAUGUGACCUCUAUGUGCGCACAAUAUCAGCAUUGUCUGAAGAUGAAUUGAAGUUCAUAGCAUAAAUUUUGGCUUAUUGGAUGUUCAAGGGCAGAAUGACGGAGCAGGAAUGUGUUCACACUAACUCAGCGGUUUGGAAACUGACCUAUGUUUUUAUAAUCACUAACCAAUCAGCUUUGAGAGCAUAAAAUGUGUUUUUUUUAAUCUUUUUUAUUUUAAUUAAUUCAUUUAUUUUUUUUAGUCUGAUGUAUUCAGUUAAGUUUAAAGACGCUUGUUUACACAGAAGGUUUAUGCUGUUUUAUUUUAUUUUAUUUGUUUGGUCACUGUCAUUUCAAACCCUACCAAAAAUGAUCAAAUCAGAGAUUAAUUGUCUGCCAUAGUCAGGAUAUGCGGGUUAAGCCAUGUAAACAGAUCUUACUGACAUCAGGGUUGUGUAUGGUCUCUUCUGUCUUUAGUGUGCUCUUCCUUCUUGUACAGUUAGGAAUUUACUAGAGGCUUUUAUGGAGAGUUAUUAGCACAGAACAUUUAUUAGCAACCUUUUAUUGCAGAUCUCUUUCAAGAGGCUGUGAACUCAUCGUAAUGGAGUUUCAUCCUCAUUUUCAGUAGCAGAGUUUUUUUUAAUUAGCAAUAACGAUUAGUUUAAAAUCUGACAUUAUAAUUAAAGUAUUGCUGUGUAUUUGAAAUGUAAUUUAUGUAAAGAGACAAAAGAAAGCCUUAUGUCUUUGAUGUUUGUAUAAAAGCAAAAGCUUUAUAUUAAAAAA